UUGCUUCACAAAAUUCACCUUGGCGACAGGAUUAGCUUCGUUGUAAACUUGAGGAUACUUCUAGUUUAUAAACAACAAUUUCAUAAAAAAAACAUGUCUCGAAAGGCAAUGAAGUGUGUUGUGGAGCUGGAUGUUCAUACAGUGUUAUGUCCAGGGACGUAUCUGCGAGAUUACGGCUACGUCUAUCUACGAGUCUACUGCAUGGGCUUAGAAGUCAGUACAAAAGCUGUUCCACCGACAUUUCCACUAUUUUUUCAUGAGCGGCUUCGUUUUGAAAGGACAUUUAGGAAUUGCCAAGAUCCUGCUUAUGUUUCUGUAUUGUUGAAAGGAGAAGACUUGACAAUCGAAUUAAGACAACAUGACGACUACAUUACUGAUGGGUUCGUCAUUGCUCAUUACUCAUCCAAUGUAAAAGAUUUUCUAUAUCCGACAUCUGUUUCAUCUUAUCUGCCUGGAAGAGAUAUUACAUUGUAUAAAACAUCUCUCUUCAACCCAAUCAGAAUCACUGGAGAACCUGUACGACUUGAGUUUGCAACCAAAACUACUUUGAAAGAAGUUGCUGAUCCAAUUGACUUCACUCAAUCAAGCGACUCUGACGAAGAAGUCGUUUCCUUCUUAAAUACGUCCAAAUCACGGUCGCCUAGUAACCGCUCUAGAUCUCCACCCAAAUUGGGGCAGGCUGGGGAGGACUCUGCGCAGCAUAACUCUGAGUUUGUUGUCCGACAUAAAGAUGAUAAAAUGUUGGAAAAUCGUGACUUUUCUACUUUUAUUAACCCCAAGCCAAGAAGGUCAAGAUCGCCGACACGAAGGUCAAGGUCAUUAUCACCCUCAAAGCGAUCUCAGGGAAAUGUGACUUCUGAGUCAAUACCUGCAUGGAAGUACUCAGUUGAUUUCCCAACCAGCACCCCGCUGACGUCACGUCGUCGUGGACGUCACAGUCGUUCUAUCACUGAACCGACUACGUUCACUUCGUCUUAUCGUUCUACGAGUCCCACACGCAGUUUAAGGUUUGCCCUUGACGAUCUGGACAUCACUUCUGGUCUCUCACGAUCCUAUAGCGACGCGACUCUACGUCAUCGUACGCGAUACUCGCCCCAUCUCUCUGCUGCGUUGUCCGCGUCAGAUAGGAUACAGUCACGUAUAGACAGAGUUGUUAGGAAUGGUCACGAAUCCGACUCGGACAGUGUUGAUUCUUUAGAUGUAUUACGGGAUUCUUUACGCGAAGAACGUAAAGCAUUAAGUGAUGCAAUACGAGAGGCAGAUAGAAAAGCUUAUUACAGGUCAUUAGGAAUAGAUCUAUAAGACAGCUAUUGAUGGCAAACUCCACGUAAAAAAAAGGUAUCAAAACAAGAUUCUUCAUUGCUUUGCAUGUGGUAGAUUUCUUAACAUGUUUGAAGUAGUGCAAGCCGACUUUUCUGUACUUUCUCCCUAAGCAUUUAUUGCCUUAUUGAACGAUAAACAUAGUUAUAACAUGGCGGUGCGGAGAUCUUAAUUAGACUUGUUAAAAUUUAUUAUUCACCCUAACUAUCUUACAUUAAAUCCACACAUAUUUGUAUGCAUUACACAGUUUUAAGUUUUAUUUUGUAGUUAUACCAAAAGUUUUUGAGAUAUAUUUAGCCAAACAAAUUGUAAUUUAUAUAAUCACACUGUAGGUAUAUUCUUAUUUUAUAGUUGUUUUAUUAUUGAUAUGUUAUGGAUAACUUAAAAAAGCUUUCGUAAAGUGUGAAAUUAAAGGAGUAAAAUCAGUAAAUCAUUAACUAUAAAAAUCUA